UGCUUGGAGUCAAUUUCUGGUCAUUUCUCACAUGACAAACCAUCCUGCUUCCUUCCUUGUCACAGAGACCAUGCUGGUGGUGAUCAGGUGAAGGAGAAUCUGCUUCAGCUGAGGUGUCACUUCACAUGGGGACUGCUGAUUGAAGACGUUGACAUACCUGAUUUGGAAAUAAGGAUCCAGGAGGAGGUUCAGUUCCUAGACAUCAAGAACCCAGCAGGGAUGCACAACCUGCUGGCCUAUGUGAGGCACCUGAAAGGCCACCGUGAGAAAGCCCUGCAGAGUGUGAAAGAAGCAGAAGCCCUGACCCAGAGGGAGAAGAUGGACAAGAGAAGCCUGGUGACCUGGGGCAACUGUGCCUGGGUGUAUCACCAUAUGGGCAGCUUGUCAGAAGCUCAGGCCUACCUGGACAAGGUGGAGAACACUUGCAAGGAAUUCGAAAGUCCCUUCCGCUAUAGGAUGGAGUGUGCUGAUAUGGACUGUGAGGAAGGCUGGGCCUUGCUGAAAUGUGGAAGAGAGAAUAAUAGACGAGCCAUAGCCUGCUUUGCAAAGGCUCUGGAAGUGGAGCCUGAAAAUCCUGAAUACAACACUGGCUAUGCCAUUGCAACCUAUCGUGAAGACUACAAGGGCACUAAUACUUCUCUAGAACCCCUCAGGAAGGCUGUCAGCUUAAGUCCAGAGGAUCCAUAUCUUAAAGUUUAUCUUGCUCUGAAGCUUCAGUUUUUGAGAGAAAUAGCUGAAGCAGAAACACACAUUGAAGAUGCCCUCAGCAGCACAUCCUGCCAAAAUUAUGUGUGUCGCUAUGCAGCCAAGUAUUACCGUAGGAAAGGCUGCAUAGACAAGGCACUCCACCUCCUACACAGGGCCUUACAGGAGUCACCUGACUCUGGCUACCUGCAUUACCAAAUAGGGCUCUGCUACAGUAAACAAAUGUUCCAACUGAAGACAUCCAGAAACAGGCAGUACAGAAGCCACGGCAAUUUGCAGGAAUUAGCACAACAGGCCAUUUGUAAAUUUCAACAGACUUUGAAACUGAGGCCUACAAUUGAGAUGGCUUAUGUUUGCAUGGCUGAAGCACAGGCAGAACUUCACCAAUACGAAGAAGCAGAGGCAAACUUCCAGAAGGCACUGAACACUAAGAGCCUCUGGGGUCACACAAAGCAGGAUGUUCAUUUCCGCUAUGGCCGUUUCCAACAAUUUCAACAGAAAUCAGAAGACAAGGCGAUCACCCACUACUUAAAGGGUCUAAAGACAGGAGAAAAGACAUAUGUCUGGAAGAAACUUCUCACAGCUUUGGAGAAAGUGGUUCAAAGACGUGUUGACCACAAUAUUCGGCCUGUGGAGAGCAUGGGCCUCCUUGGGUUAGUCCACAAACUGAAAGGGAACAUGCAGGAGGCCCUGCUGUGCUAUGAGAGGGCUCUGAGGCUCACUGGGGAAAUGAACCCUGUGUUUUGAAUGCAGCUCAACUCUGUGAAGUUAAUGUAGGCAUCACUGAGGCUUCUGCUCUCCUUCCUGAUAGCUUUGUCCAGAACUGCAUAGCUUGCUGAAAUGCCAAGUUGU